ACGAUCACUUCAGAAAUCGAAGAGAACUCCGAACAUUGAUAAUCAUGUCUUCUCCGACAAUUUCGUGCCGAAUAUUCGGCUGUGUGCUCUUGAUCUUGUUGUUGCAAUAUGCAAGAAAAUCCUAUUACUUGGAGACUAUUUUAGACUCUUUGCGAUGUCUUGAAAAUAUGCUUAGCAAACAAACCGAACGAAAUACAUUAUGUAGUGUGCCAACCGAGAAGCUACGCAGCCUGAUUUCAGAUCAAAUAUCUUACGACAGCAAUGAACCCAAUGAGAACUACAUCCAAUAUCUCUUAAUGUCGAAAAAGCUAAAGCAAGAAAAGAAAAUUAAGGAAGGCACGGCGAGAUCACUGAAUGCCAAUAAAAACGUAAAUGUUAAUGAAAAUUUCAACACCAAUCUUGAUGCCAAACGGCAUCAUAGACGUUCUUUUCGCAGUGAUGAUUCACGUUUACGCAAAUCGCGCAUUCAAAAUACGAAUAGUAAUGUCAAUUAUAAUAGCAACGUAAACGCAAACGAUAUAUUCGAUGCAUUCGAGACGCCUUAA